GAUCGUGUUCAUCGGACCCGUGUUGAUGGAUCACCUGGCUGUGUGCGCGGAGACAGUCCCAUGGCAUGCCAUUGGUUGUACGCGACAGCUUGCGGACGUACCGCAGAUUUCCCAGUGUGAGCUUUCGGGCAACGUGUGAACGAAUUUCUGUUUUAUUCAUGAGAGGACAUAGGCCUGCUUAUAUUCAUCAUUCCUCAUGAUGAAGGAUUGCGAGUGAGUUCUAUGCUGAUUUGAGAUUUAGCACUGAGACUGUGGUAUCAUCAGACGCGAACUUAGUCGCUAUCUGUCUUGGACUUCAGGGAACUAGGACCAGAUACUGUUCUUGAAAGUUCUACUCCUAAUCUGGAUUAGCAUUUACUGUUAUUGUCUUUAGGGAUUCAUAUUUCAUAUGUACGAAAUCGAGAUCCGUCUGUCAAACGAACAGGAGAUAAGGCUGCUCUCUUCAAUACAUAAGUAAAUGAUUUCAGCUGAAUCGGAAGAAACUGGCGUAAGUUUUUAAGUGAAUUGGAGUAAACUGGAGAAUUCUAAAGAGAACUGGAGUAUGUUGAAGUUGGUAUCAAAGUAAAUUUUACCAAAUUGGAAUACGUUUUGGAGUAAUUUGGAUUACGUAUUUGGGGAGUUGAAGCAAAAGGGAGUACCUUUUUGAGUGGAUUUAAACGAAGUGGGGUACGUUUGAUAAGCGAAUUGGAGCAAUAUGGAUUACGCUUUACAGUGAAUUUACAGCAAACUGCAGUACAUUGCCCAUCGUUGCAGUACAUUUGAGUACAUUGCAGUGGAUUUGUAUAAGCCUGUCAACUGGAGUAGAUUCUAAGGAAUUGGAGUAACCUGCUGGCCAGGAGCACAUUGGAGAAAAUCGGUGUAAACGCAGGAUAUACUCUGUGCCGUAUUGAAGGAUGAUGUAGGUAACACCUCUAGAUGUGACGCUAUGACAACAUGAUAUCAUCACCUUGUUCCGUUCUUCUGCUGGCCGCACUGGCAGUGGCCACUGUAGGGGAUAAGCCCGUUAUCAUCGAGGAGCCAGCCAGCAUCUUAGUGACUGAGGAUGACGAAGCAGUAUUCAAAUGUCGAGUCCAUGCCGACAGCGCAUUCCCGUCCGAUAUCACGUGGCGACGAGAAAAUGGACCGUUGCCGCAUAGAGCAAAACAAAAUGGCGACAGGUAUCUCGUGAUUAACCCCGUCAAACUGCGCGAUGCCGGGUCAUACGUGUGUGUGGCGAACAACUCGGUCGGCACCAGUGAGGCCAGGGGUAUGCUUACUGUACAUUCAAAACCGUCCUUUAGUCAUUCUCCCAAAAACAAAAAUGUGUUAGAAGGCAAAAAUGUGAAGUUAAAGUGUUCGGUUCAGGGCAACCCGGACCCGUCUUUGUUUUGGAAUAAACGCCAGGGUCAGUUAUUAUUAUUCCCAGACCAAGUCCAAAGCCGGUUUUCGGUGGACGUCUGGGGGACGCUAAAGAUUAAAAAAAUCCGAAAAGAGGACGCAGGGGAGUAUGUAUGUAAUGCUUUAAGUACCGCUGGAACGGCGGAGGCGGUAGCGAGAAUAAGAGUCAUACAACGAAAUUUAAGUAGGUCAUGCACGGACUAUAAGGGGAAAAACUACUACGAGGGCGACCGCUUCUCCCCCGAGAAGGAAGACCCAUGCUACAAGUGUCGGUGUAUAAACUCCUCCCCUAAAAACUGUACAGUUAUUCACUGCGAGACACCAGAUUGCCCCGUCUGGGAAUCCGUGCGAAAGGAAUGCUGUAAAUUCCGAUGUAUAGACGGGCCAACGUACACGACAGAGGAGUUAAACGCCAAUAUACGAUGGACUGCAAAGCCAACCAAGAUUGCCAUACCGCGAGAAGAUAUCAGCGGAGGUUCAAGAUACUCAGAUAGUAAAAUGUGGACUUUGUUAAGCAUAUUGUGUGUGUUGCGGUUGCUGUGAGACUAUGGUAGGAAAGGAAACUUGCUGUGAGACUAUUAGGAAGAAAAGGAAUAACACACGAUGUGGCAUGAAAGAGGAAAGCAGUUCGGAGGAGUCUAACAUUCGUGAGAGGGAGAGGGAUUCCUUUUCAAUGUAACCAACUGGAAAGUGACUGGAAAACGCUACAAAAGCAGUGACUACACGAAUUGGCGGAUGGAAUCUUCUAGACUACCAAUGAGAGGACGGCGCUCUAUUUGCACCUUGGCAAACCGGAAAAGACCAAAUGCACGCCGGAGAACGCUGCUAGUCGACCACUAAGCAGCCGUUACCAAUGGUGAAGCUUGGAGAUUGUGAAAGUGCAUUGCUCUCGUAUAACGGAUCAGGCUAUUGCACUCUCUACAUCUACGCCCGACUGUGUUUACGUCCGUGGUUCGGGUAAAGAAUGAAUAUGGAGUUUCGCUAAGCCCCCGAAACGUCAACCCGAACGCCUAUCCCAUCGUUCGACUUUGUUACCAGGAGCUCGAACAAUGUGAUAAGCGUUUGAGAUGACGUUUCAGGGGUUCGCGAAAACUCCCUAUUGUCAAGUUGACGCAAAAUGACUUAUUAUUGUAUAUAUAAUGAAUAGGAUCUUAUGUGUAUAUUUCUGUGAAGUGAUAUCUUUAUUACGUGUAAUCAGAAACAUUGGCCAUAAUACUAAUUAUUGUACAUGUGUUCUGUAACUGUUGAUGUAUUUGUUACAUGUAAAUUUCCAUUCAGAAUUCCAGCAUAAAGGCUACCUUAAAGGCAUACGCCCCUCGUUAAAUAAUUUGAAAUUUGUAAUUAAAUUUGAAAAUUUAAAACUGCGUGAAUAGGUACUGAAUAUAUGUUUCAACAAUGCCGUUUAGAGGGAUAUACAGGUACUAUCAAGAAUGAAUAAAAUCUUUAUGAAUUCUUGGUACUAUUAAUACCAAAUUUCAUCAAAUUCGCAUGCAUAAUAACUGCACUACGGCAUUGUGUAUAACUAUAUUUCUUUAUAUCUUAAAUUUUCCUUGACAACCAGUUACUACGAACGGCGUACCCCUUUAAGUCCUAAGUGUCGAAGAAUUACAUAGCUUGAGUAAUAUUUUCAUGAUUUGGCGUACAGUAUCAGUUACAUUUCAUUGUUUCAUUAAAUUCGGCUGAGUAUUGGUAAAAAUAGUCCAAAUCAUGAUAAUUUCUGCCGGGCAGUGCAAGUAUUGAAAGUGCCCGAAAUACUAAUUCAUUCCUUUCCCUGUAUGACGUCAUCGCAGAAAAAUGAAAAAUAAAUAUUAGGCAGUUAGAUACUGGUAAAUUAGAAUGAACUUAGCAUCUCUGAUGAUAACUAGAUAUGUAAAUGAAGUCAGGGUCGCAUUUGCACCUCAAUCUUUCUUUAAAUUUAGUUUAUCAAUCGCUAAAAGGAGGCGCUCAUUAUGUUAAGUACCUAGAAAGACUUCAUGGAAAUGGAUCUUAGUGAGGUAGAAUUUUGGCAGAAAUGUUUUCGGAGCAACACCAGUAAAAUGGAAUAAAACUUUGGAACCAGUUUUGUCAUGAAAUAAAAAGUGUCUUCAUGAGAAA